AUGCCCGCAGCACCCCCGCAGGGCCCUUCACGUCGUCACCCACUCACAAAUGCUCCAGUCAACCACCACAAGCCUGUCAACCACCAAGAACCACCAAAACCUCCUCCAAAGGCUCCAUCGUCGCCGCCGUUGCCUAGGCAGAACAGCAAGACGACGCCACCCUCGCCACCUAAGAUUAUCACUGACCAGUCGGGGAGACUCCAGUUCAACCGUGUGGGGUUUCUCGGCGAGGGUGGUUUUGCGAGAGUAUACGAAGUCAAGGACGUACGCGGACACCGACUAGCGUGCAAGGUCGUCACCAAGUCUUCACUCAAAACGAAAAAGGCGAAAACUAAACUUUACGCAGAAAUUAAGAUUCACAAAUCCCUACAGCACCCCAACAUCGUUAAUUUUCAAGAAUGCUUCGAAGACGAUGACAACGUCUACAUGACUCUCGAACUUUGCCCCUCUGGUUCCCUCAUGGACAUGCUCCGCCGCCGUCGCCGCUUCUCCGAGCCAGAGUCCCGCUUCUUCAUGGUCCAGCUCAUCGGUGCCUGCCACUACAUGCACGCCCACCAGGUCAUCCACCGCGACCUCAAGCUCGGCAAUUUGUUCCUCGACGGGAACAUGAACAUCAAGGUGGGCGACUUUGGCCUCGCCGCACUCAUCGAGAACCCUGGGGAGAGGAAGAAGACCAUUUGCGGCACCCCAAAUUAUAUCGCACCCGAGGUGUUGUUCGACACUGCGAACGGACACAGCUUCGAGGUUGAUACAUGGUCUAUUGGCGUCAUCUUGUACACACUCGUCGUCGGCCGUCCUCCCUUCCAGACCAAAGACGUCAAAGCCAUUUACAAGCGCAUCCGCGACAACGAAUACGAAUUCCCCACAGACCGCGUCAUCUCCGGGGCAGUUCAACACCUCAUCCAACAAAUCCUGACUCCCAAUCCCUCACAACGUCCAACCCUGCACGAAAUCGUCGACCACGCAUUCUUCACACAAGGCCCCGUCCCCUCAUACAUCCCCACAUCUGCACACGAUGGCACCCCGGACUUUAGACACAUAUCCAAAUCCGUGUCGGACACCAACUUGAAGCGCCUGAGAAAGUACGCGCUGUUGGACGAGGAGUACCCCAUGGCGACGAUGCCGGCUUCUGCGUCUGGAGGCAUUGCAGCGAGCAAGAGCAUCACCACCAGCAUCGCACAGCAGGAGAAGGAGUUCCAGAAGGCCGUUCAGCCUGGCUCGCCUAUCUCGGCACUGCUAAGCUCGGCGAGGCAGCCUUUGCUCAUGGGCAAUCCCACUGGACCCAGUGGUGCGGCUUCCAGUGCGCGUGAAAACCAGUUGUUGAGGAAGUUGCAAGCGGUGAAGGAGAGCCCAACUGUUACACGUGGACUUGACGGAGGGAUUGUGGAAGAAGAGGGCGGACUGCGGAAGAGAAGGAUGGAGGAGGACGAACAGGAGGAGGAGGAAGCGAGGCUGAGGAAAAAGGAGUUGGAGGCGCAGAAGGCGCGGAUUGUUGCGCAGAUGGCGCCUGUUAGGGAGGAGUAUGAGGGGGAGCAACAACCUGUCCAGCAGCCUAGGAAGGAGAAGGAGAGGGAAAGGCAUGUGGGUGCUAUGGGGAGAGAGAACGUUCCUCCUCCGUCUGUGGCGUCUGGACCGAGUAUGCAGAGGAAGGAUGUUGUGAGGAAAGAGGACCGUGUUAGGGUUGGUGUUGGGAGGGAGAAGGAGAACCUCCCGGUGACGACAGCCCUUCCACCCCCCAAACCAAAUGGAUUCGACGCAGCUGCCCACAUCCUCUCCAUUGCCUUUGACGCCAAAGCUGCAGGGAAAGUAUUCCGCACCCCAGAUGCGCACCUGCCCCUUCCUGAAGAGAAGGUGUUCAUCGUCAGUUGGGUGGACUACUGCAAUAAGUAUGGCAUGGGAUACGCACUGACGGACGGGAGCGUCGGAGUCCAUUUCAACGAUAGUACCAGUUUGGUGUUGAGCCCCGAUAAAGUACACUUCGACUACGUCACCUCCAGGCGACACGGAACGAUAUUCGUGCGCAAGUCCUACACGGUGGACACGUACCCGGACGAGCUGAAGAGCAAGGUGUACCUGCUGAAACACUUUGAGCGGUAUAUCAUGGAUAGGCUGUACGGCGAGUACGAGUAUACCUUUGAGGAUGUGGGCAGGCAGAAGGGGAUGGAGUGGGUGCAGAAGUAUUUGAGGAUGAAGCAUGUUAUCGUGUUCAAGCUGAGCCAUGAGGUUCUCCAGUUCAACUUCUACGACCACUCCAAGCUCAUCCUCUCCUCCCAUGGACUCUUGGUCACCCAUAUUGACAAGCACUACAAGAUGACGCGGUGGACGUUGAGCGAGAUCAUUGCACAAUCCCUUUCUCCUCCGUCGAACCAGGACCCGGAGCAAGCGAAGUUUGUACAGCGCUUGGUUGAUAAGCUGAAGUAUUGCAAGGAGGUUUUGGUGAGCAUAAGGACGGCCAGUGCUAGUGGGGGGGCGAUUGAAGAGAGUGAGGCGAUGGGAGAGGCGCUCGUCAACAAUGCGGAGGUGGAGAUGGGCACCAAGUCUUCCAAGGUUUCCCUCCGUUGAGAUGGGUGGAGAUGUCCGAUGACGAUGUUAGGUCGUUGGCGGCCAAGGUGCUGGAGGCUCUUCCAUUCAGGUGGUCGUGCGUUCAGGCUCAAGUUCAAGUCCUCAGAGUCAAGUUCGAGUCAAGUUUUUAUUCUCGGUUUUCUAUUUAUUCCAUGGGUGCAAGCGCAGGCUUCAGCUUAUGUCAGAUACCUACCCAUCCAUCCCCAGCUUCCCUUUUCCCCCUUCAUUUUAUUGCUCUCGAUCGCAGCUAGUGUAUUAUUCCCAGUGGUUGAAGUAGUUGACAUUUGCUCCCCCCAUCCGACUCAUCGCAGUUGAUCCAGAUAUUUUUUGCUCCUC